AUGGCUACCAUUGCAUUGCCUCGGCCGAUUCCACAUCACAGUGCCGCACCGGAUCUCACAAGUCCCAUCACGCCGCCGCAUACGCUUCAAGACGUGGGCCGAUCGCACUCAGCACAGCAACAAUGUGCCACUCCAGCUCCCUUACCCAACAAACACAUUCCCAUCUGCCCGACUGGUCCAUCCAAAGCCGACGACAUAAAUACGACCCCCCCUGCUUCUCCCACGAGCGCCGACGAUUACCAGCAGAGCUCGCUGCUAUAUCCUCCAGAGGGCUAUAAGCGCGUCGAGAGCGGACAGCUUUCCAUAUAUGAGCUUGAUGCUGAUCAGGUUGUCCUCGCACUCGACUAUUCCGCCCGCCAGCCCAUGCCUCCAUCAUCGCUGGUUUUCCCAUGGCUGCACGGUCUCCAUCCAAACAACCAGAUGCAGCAAGCCUUCUUCAUGGGCAGACGACGCUCCCCGAGAAAGACACCAUCCUGCCUCAGAAGUGUUACACUGGUCAAAGCAGAUGGCGACUUGUCGGUAGGGCGUCUCAGGGGUGCAAUUGCGGCAGACGAGUUCAUGCGCCAACGGCCUUGCCCCGACUUCAUCGACCCCGACCCUGUUGACGGCUUCUCCGUCCGUAAUUUCCAGAUCCAACCAGCCAAGGUCGCCCUUACCUCAGACAUUGUGGUUUACGAUGACGACAUCGCAAAGGCGCGCGCACUGGCCUGGGACAUCGCAGCCGCGAGGUCUCGGUGGCGCCAAAUCCAUGCAUCUGAAAGUAAGGCCCUGGCCGAAUACAAUACUUUUGUGUGCACAAGUACACUAGAGGACUUUGAAAGGGACCAUAGCAACCUCGUCGCUAUUGAUUCGACUGGACGUAUCACGGGGAAAGUGCUUGACUUCGUUCAACAGGAACGGAGGGAGAUGUGGGACAUGACCGAAGCCUCCGAGAUAUCCCACAACGUAUUCAUGGGGCCGACACCGGAACCUGGCAGUGCUGAAGAGCAGAAUUUCGACAUUUUGAUUGAAUGUAGCGACCUUGGUCGCCUUAAUCCGAUGGCGUUGCAACUGAUCGCUGAGAGCUUGGAUGAAACAGUUGCGCAAGCUUUCCUCGACUUUCCCUCAUCGGGCAGCAUUCUACCGCCGACUUGGUCUCACGAAGAAGCCGACGGUGUACUGGAAACCUGUCGCUGGAUAUACCGUCUUUCCCAUGGCACCUGCCCCAGCCUGGCUACUGCCUCGCGUGUGGAUCACGAAGGCGAUAGCUCCAUGGCUGUUGAUCAGGUGUCGCCAAGGCCGCGCAAGAUACUGAUACAUUGCGCUGACGGCUACACAGAGUCGUCCAUGCUAGGCAUCGCGUACUUCAGCUACAGCACCGGUCGCCCCGUACCUGACGCAUGGCUUCAUCUUCAUACAUCAAAGCAUCGUAAUUUCUUUGCAUACCCUACCGAUGUGGCCCUGUUGACGGCAAUCGCGCCGCGAUUGCUAAGCAACUCUCCAGCAUGCGCAGGGAAGAGCCUCCAGGAAAUUACGAAAGCUGUCAAAGAUGAGCCCGCGUGGUUCGCCGGGCUCGAUGGCUCGUUUCCCAGCAGAGUCUUGGACUACCUCUACCUCGGAAACAUCGGCCACGCCAACAACCCGGACCUGCUAAGAGCAAUGGGCAUUGGACAAAUCUUGAGUGUUGGAGAGACAGCCGCCUGGAAAGACGGAGAUAUGGACGCCUGGGGCUCGGAUAACGUCUGCCUGGUUCAAGGUGUCCAGGACAACGGGAUUGAUCCACUGACAGAUGAGUUUGCUCGGUGUCUGGAGUUUAUCGAGCGAGGGAAACGGAACGGCACUGCCACGUUGGUCCAUUGUCGAGUGGGAGUUUCUCGAAGCGCCACAAUCUGCAUUGCCGAGGUCAUGAAAACAAUGAACAUGACGUUCCCCCGAGCGUACUGCUUUGUUAGAGCCCGGAGGCUCAACGUCAUCAUCCAACCGCACUUGCGCUUUGCUUACGAGCUCUUGCAAUGGGAAGAAUGGCUGCAGCAGAACGGCGAUGCUGGGGCUUCGAUGGAGAGAGAACUCGAAUGGGGAGAAAUCACACGACAGAUCGCCCUCAUGAAUCGCCCCUACUCCAGAUGA